CUCUUAAAUAAAUAAAGCUUGUGUUGAUCGAGUUGAUCGAAUAAUUUAAUUAAUUGAUGGACAAGUUCAAUUUUGUGAAAGAUGGAGCGAUAAAGCUACCUCCUGGUUUUCGAUUUCAACCUACUGAUGAAGAAAUUGUGUUUCAAUACUUGAUACGUAAAACAUUUUCUUGUCCCUUGCCUGCUUCUAUUAUCCCUGAAAUCAAUAUUUGCAGUAACGACCCCUGGGAUUUGCCUGGUGACAUAGAGCAAGAUAGAUAUUUUUUCAGCAACAAGGAAGCUAAAUAUAGGAAUGGUAAUAGAGCAAACAGGGCAACUAUAGGUGGCUAUUGGAAGCCAACUGGUUUAGAUAAACAAAUUAUAUGCAGUAAAAGAAAGCCAAUUAUUGGGAUGAAGAAAACUCUUGUUUUCUAUAAAGGAAAGACUGCUUCUCAAGCUUAUAGAACUGAUUGGAUUAUGCAUGAAUAUCGUCUUGUUCUUCCCAAAAAUUCAUCAUCCAAUUUACAUGCCCAUUUCAAGAAAUCAUCUCAGAAUUCAUUGGUUCAAAUAGGAAAUUGGGUUCUUUGUCAUAUAUUUUUGAAGAAGAGAAAUGGAAAAUGUGAUGAAGAAAUUAUUGAGGGUGAUUAUCAUGAUGAUAAUUACAAGGCUAAUGAUGAACAUAAUAUAGUUCAACCAAUAUUGUAUUAUGAUUUUAUGAGGGAAGAUAAUUUGAGUGAUAGUAGAGAUGCAGCUUCCUCUUGCUCUUCUUCUUUGAGCAUUAAUGAUGAUGCAAAUGAGGUUUCUUCAUGUCCAAGUAAUCUACUACAACAUCAACAACCUACUAACCCACAUCUUUAAUUCAUAAUAUUGUACUUUUCUUGUUUUCCCAUUGUUUAAUGCAAUAAUAUUUUCUUCUAACAAAUUAGAAGAAGGAUUAUCAGUGUUCUCACUUAGAGAGAUACUUUAUUUUCUUUCUAUCGCAUUAAUUUUCAACAUUUGACAAAUGGUUAUUUUAGUUCACUUGCUUUGUUAAGAGUUAA